UUUACGGUAACAAGAAACAAGUGCGCGUUUGACCAGCCAUGGGUUUACAGGAAGUGUUUUUAAAAGCUUGUUUAUAAAAUAUUAUUGUUACUGUAUUUCAUAAUGGGAGAAGACGGGGUUUUACAGAAGCUGGGGAAUAUGAAGGCGUUGUUGGGAAUCGUAGCAGGAGCAGGAGCUUCGUAUGGGCUGUACAAAAUGUUAGUGCGCCCCUGCAGAGAAGAUCCAGAGAGAAAGAAAAUCAAGGCGAGACAGAGUGGGAAUCUGCAGCCAGGAAGUCUGAUGGCCAAAGUGUCUGGAUUUAAUGUCGUUAGUGGGAAUCUGAGCGCAGAAGUUGCAUCAAGUGAAAUUCUCUCCAAAUCCCCCAGUAGUCUGGAGCCUCGACACCUCAGCAUGCUUCUGUCUGUCCUACAGAGCAGCCCGAACCCAACCGAAAGAAAACAAGUCCUUAUAACUUUAGGAAACGCUGCAGCUUUUACAGUGAACCAGGAUCUCCUUCGUGAAUUUGGAGGUCUUCACGUCAUCGCCAGCUUCCUUUCUGACCCUGAACCUGAUGUCAGAGUGCAGACUCUGAACGCCUUGAAUAACCUGAGCAUGAACAUCCGCAAUCAAGAGCAGCUUAAGGUCUAUGUUCCGUCAGUGUUGGAGCUGAUCGAGAUGUCCCCUGUGAACUCGGAUCUUCAGCUGGCAGCGCUGAGGUUACUGACAAAUUUGACCGUCACAGAUGAUCAUCAGCAUUUACUGAAGAGCUCCAUCACACUCCUCUUGUCAUUACUUGUAGUGAGCAACGCCAUUCUUCAGAUCCAGGUUUUGAGGGUUCUAGUCAAUUUAUCGUCUAAUCCAGACAUAAUGGACGACAUAGUACAAGCCCAGGCCCCCGCCUCCCUAGUGCUCCUCUUUGAUUGCGGCACAAACACAGAAGUGCUGCUUCGGCUUCUGGUCUUCAUAGGGAACCUGCGGGCCUGGAGACCAUCUGCACAGGUGGCUGAAGCUCUGAGGACGCGACUUGACUCCCUCUACUGUGUGCUGCUAGACAGCUGCUCUAAGAUCCACAGCAGACUCCCUCUACUCCUCUCCCACCCCGACGGAGAGGUCAGAGCUCAGGUGGUGCGGCUCCUCGCUUAAACUCUCCUCUGGACUCCGCCUUGAAAUCCAUCAGACAUGCUGUGACAUGAUGUGCGAGAUCCAGUCUCACGUUGCCAGUGCACCUAGAAAUACAGCUGUGUGUGUUCAGUGGGAUUACGUCUCGUGAUUCAGUGUUUGAUGGAUACAAAUAUUUAAUGAAGUAGUAAAGUAAAUAUAAUGGGUUAUUAAUAAUAAUAAUAAUAAUAAUAAUAACCCAACAAUAAUGGAUCAAUAUGAAAUGAAAAGAAUUCUGCAGUGUUUUCAACCUAAACUAUUGACUCCAUAAGGGUUUCUUAAGGUUUACUUGGAUUGUUACCGGUUCUAGCUUUUUAAAGGAGUUCUAAGUUUCACUGAACCCUUUACUGUAGAGUUCUAAAGUUAUGGGUUCUCCUACAGCAGCAAACCAAAGAACCCCUAGAACCUUUUACUGUGAUUACCACAUAAGAGUUUUUGACAUAUUUCCUUAUUGAGAAAAGAACACAAGGCCUUCCUUCCAGCCAGCCGUUAUCUUAUCCGCCAGGGUCGCAGAGGAAGCUGGAGCCAAUCCCGGCUGACUUCAGGCAAGAGGCAGGGUACGUCCUGGGCAGGUCACCAAUCUAUCACAAAGCUAACACAGAGGCGAACAACUAUUCACACUCAUAUUCACACCUAUAGGCAAUUUGGUUCAAGUUUGUCACGUAUUGGGGAAGCCAGAAACAGUUUUGGGCCCAAAAGGUUGCCAGUUUGAUUCCCUGGACCAGCAGGAAUGGCUGAAGUGCCCUUGAGCAAGGCAUCUAACCCCCAACUGCUCUCCAAGUACUUCAGCACAGGUGCCCACUGCUCAGGGUGUGUAUGCUUACAUCCCCAGAUGGGUUAAAUGCAGAGAAAGAAUUUCACAUGACAAAUAAAGGCUUAAAAAACGUACAGAUUGCAGUGUACAAAGUACAAUGAAAUUCUUACUUGAAUGCACCUCAACCAACCAGACAAUAAGUGUCCGACAAGUGCAACCUUAAACUGCAAAGUACAAAAUACUGCAGCAUAUAAGAGUAGCCACUUGACUUUAACCACGUGUCUUUGGAUUGUGGGGGGAAACCGAAGCAAACACAAGACACAUUUACGUAAAAGAAGAAGAAUCCUUUGAGAGCACAGCGAAAUUCCUCCUCUUCAUUUAACCCAUCUGAAGCAGUGAACACACCCAGAGCAGUGGGCAGCUAUGCUACAGCACCCGGGGAGCAGUUGGGGGUUAGGUGCCUUGCUCAAGGAACUUCAGCCAUGAUACAGAGGGAGGGGGAAAGUGCUCCCCCAAGGGUGCUUCUCUAACCUUUAGGCCAUGGCUGCCCCCCAUAUAAUUAAAGCCUAUGAGCAGUUGUUGAAUUCUGUCAGUAAACAUUUAAAAUACUUAACAGUUAUUCCACAAAAUCGAGUCGUACAUGAGCUGAUAGCUGAUGAGGCACGUAGCGCCAGGUCGGCUAUAAGCCAUGUAUGACGAGAUUGAGUGGAAUAAUUAUUUUAUUCCAUCCACAUUCACUGGAUUUUGAGAAACGGAGCAUUUUUAUUUUUUGCAAAUUUGAUCAAUAAAAACUUUAUACAAAACGUCCAAUAAAAUAGUUUCUAAACAAACCGGUGAAAUGACAGUAGCAAUUUGUGAAAAAUGCGAUAAUUCUUGAAAAAUAAUAAAAAGAUACGCUCUUACCGUCAAAUACUUCUAUUCAAUAUUUUGUUGCUUUUUUGUAUUUUUGGGGGGUUUCUUCUUCUUUAGGCUUUUUUUGGCAGUUAGCAAACCAAGUUAUAGGUGCAUUACCGCCACCGACUGGGCUGGAGUGUGGAACAGGCGAUAUGGGGGCCUAUAUUCUUUUAGCUAUUUCUCAUUCAUCUCAUUAUCUGUAGCUGCUUUAUCCUGUUCUACAGGGUCGCAGGCAAGCUGGAGCCUAUCCCAGCUGACUACGGGCGAAAGGCGGGGUACACCCUGGACAAGUCACCAGGUCAUCACAGGGCUGACACAUAGACACAGACAACCAUUCACACUCACAUUCACACCUACGGUCAAUUUAGAGUCACCAGUUAACCUAACCUGCAUGUCUUUGGACUGUGGGGGAAACUGGAGCACCCAGAGGAAACCCACGCGGACAACAUGCAAACUCCGCACAGAAAGGCCCUCGCCGGCCACGGGGCUCAAACCCGGCCCUUCUUGCUGUGAGGCGACAGCGCUAACCACUACACCACCGUGCCACCAUAGCUAUUUCUUUUUCUUUUAAAUACUUGAUAAUUUUCAGGGGGUUGUUUUCGAGUAGAGCUUUCAUCCUUGGUUGGUUCAGCAACACACUCCAACAUUUUGUUUUUCUGUACUCACGGUGUAUGAGCUGAUUGGGCGGCAUGGUGGUGUAAGUGGUUAGCACGGUCGCCUCACAGCAAGAAGGUUCUGGGUUCAAGCCCAGCGGCUGGCAGGGGCUUUUCUGUGUGGAGUUCGCAUGGUCUCUCUGUGUCUGUGUGGGUUUCCCCCACAGUUCAAAAAGACGUGGUUAGGUUAAUAUGGGAUGGCCUUGGGCUGAGGUGCCCUUGAGCAAGGCACUUAACUCCCAAGUGCUCCCCGAGUGCUGUUAGCAUGGCUGCCUACUGCUCUGGGUAUGUGUGUGCGCUCAUUGCUCACGUGUGUGUGCACUGCUUUUGAUGACUUUUAAAUGCAGAGAGGAAUUUCACAAGCGUGUGAUGAAUAAAGUUCUUCUUCUUCUGAUAUCCUAGUAGUAGAGUAGCCAAUCAGAGCAUGCGAUUGCUCAUAUCCAGUGACUGUGGAUAGAAUAAAAUAAGAUUUGGUGUUUGGAUGAGAGAUAGCUGUUAUAUAGUUUUGCGUAACUACAACUACUUAUCUGUAGUUCUGUAAUUCGUUUUUUGGGAAUCAAUUGUACAGGUUUGAAACUUCGUUUCCAUAUAUCAUUGAAUGAAAAAUGAACACGUUCAAGUAUUUUACAAAAAUACAUACUCUGCAUAACCUUUUGUCCACCACCGAAACUACUGAUUAAAUAUUAUAAAAGCUCUGCGGUAUUCCUUUAAAAUACAUUUUGGGUCGGUUAGCAGAAAGGUUUAUUUACAUCUGAAAGUGAAGCCAUUCCUUUUUAUCAAGCUUCACUCCUUUGUGCCUGCGUCCCUCCUGGAAAGCAGCAAGGGAAAUGGACAAGCUCAGAGUAAUGAAAGCAAACAAGAUACAGACACUGUAUACAAACAGUUGAUAAGUUAAAAGGAAAAACUACUGCCUCUGUUACGCUGUCGAGGGCACUUAUUUGUCCCCUUAGAGAGGAGUGUCACCGCUAAUUAAUACAACAUUGUUCCUGUGAUGAAACAUUUCUGUCCUGAUAGGGAGUGGUCUCUUUCACGAUGACUCCGCCCCACCUCAGUGCUCACCGGAUGGUUUCAUCUCAUCUCAUUACCUCUAGCUGCUUUAUCCUUCUACAGGGUCACAGGCAAGCUGGAGCCUAUCCCAGCUGACUACGGGCGAAAGGCGGGGUACACCCUGGACAAGUCGCCAGGUCAUCACAGGGCUGACACAUAGACACAGACAACCAUUCACAUUCACACCUACGGUCAAUUUAGAGUCACCAGUUAACCUAACCUGCAUGUCUUUGGACUGUGGGGGAAACCAGAGCACCCGGAGGAAACCCACGCGGACACGGGGAGAACAUGCAAACUCCACACAGAAAGGCCCUCGCCGGCCCCGGGGCUCGAACCCAGGACCUUCUUGCUGUGAGGCAACAGCGCUAACCACUACACCACCGUGCUGCCCCGGAUGGUUUCAUAAAGAUGAAAAUGAUGUAGGCUGAAACGUAAGCCGUGGUCUUCAAAGUCACCACACCUCAACACAGUUGAACACCUCUGGGAGAUUUUGGACCAAUUUAGACACUAAUUGAGGGAUUCUAUUUUGGAAGAAUGGUGUUCGUUCAUUUAGUACACUUCCAGAGGCUUGGAAGGUGCAUUAAAACAGUUCUGGUGACACGUGUUUUUUCCUUUAAUAUUUCACCUGGCUCUAAAUAUGUUAUAAUAUUCCUCGGGCUCGUUUCAGUGGAUAGUGUGUGCUCAGUGAAUGCCUCCUGAGAGAUGCCCCUCCUUUGCCACAUAUCAAGUUGCUAGAACCAAAAACCUUUUCUAACCAAUGAAUGAGUCUUUCACGCUAAAUGGUCUCAUAUACACAAAAUGCUUCCUGUACCUUUGCUUUUCUUAGCUAAUCAUAUAUUGCAAAAGUAAGAUAUGCUUGAAAUAUCUUUGUGAUGGACAACAGAUGCACUUUGGCUGUUUGAUUUUUUUUCCAGUGCGGUGUUUUGUUGUUGUUUUUUUCUGCAUGUGUUUGCAGUGCAGUUCAAGUGUUUGCUCGCUUAUGUGUUAAUUAAGUCUGCAUUAUAAGCCAGGUGUUUAAUUAAUGCAUCUGUUUGGUCAUUUAUAUUACUGUAACUGGAAAAGCCAGUAAUGUGAAAGUCUAUGAAUUGUACCAUAGUGAAUCUUAGUCGAUUGGUUGUCCUGUGAUCUGCUGCACCUGUAGGGAAAAUGCAUUUUUCUGAGUAGCAUAACAUGACUGCCACUGCUGUUAAUGAUUGGUAAAUUCGGGCUCAUUUUAAUGUUUGUAUGAAAAUAUUUGAAAUAAAUUAUUUUAUUAUGGAUAACUCA